AUGAGCGACCUCCCGCAGCUGCAAGGCGAUGUCAUCGUUUCGAAAACCUCUACACCACUAUACCGCUCAGUCUCUAGAUGGUCUGACACGGGCAUUCUAGAACGUCCUGCUCUUAUCAUUGUUCCAGAAUCCGAGGACGAUAUUCUAGCCGCCAUAGACUACUCCACAAAGAAUGCACUCCAGUUGUUGCCUGCUGGCGGUGGGCAUGGCUCAUUUGUCCCAAUUACCUCUAAGACACUAUAUCUUGACUUGAAAAGGUUCGAUAAGGUUGAAGUGGACGGUAACGCUCAGACAGUCACCGUUGGAGGUGGAGCUGUGACUAGUCAGCUGGUUAAGGCAUGUACUGACCAAGGAUUCUACACCACAUGGGUCAACAGCAAUGCGGUUGGUGUUGUCGGGAGUAUAUUGGGCGGAGGCAACCCGACCAUGGGCGGAUUACAUGGGAUGAUGAUCGACCAUGUGCUUUCCGUCCGUUUGAUCACUGCCGAGGGGAGACCUGUAGAAGUCAGCCCUUCGUCGACUGGCAACGAUCUUGCACUGUUCAAUGCCCUGUGUGGAGCAGGCAACGGGCUUGGAGUGAUCACCUCACUAACAAUGAGGAUAUUUCCCCUAAACAAUCUUCAACUGUCGGAGCAAGGGGUUUGGAUCCGCAGACUCAUCUUUCCAGAGUCGGCGAUUGAGCUUGCGGCCAGAGUGUUUGAUAAACUUCAACCUCCUCCGCCACCUUUGGUUGUAGCUAUGGUUUGCGCAAGAGCUCCACCGAGUGCACCAAAGCCAGGUGCACCAAUGAUUAUCCUCACAGUGACCUAUUACGGCCCGCCAGAUCAUGCGGAAGCAAUCGUCCCCGUCUUAUUCGAUGAGGAAAUCGUCGCCAAAACCAUCAGCGCACAAACAGUACUGACACCAAUGUCCAAAUUGAACGACAGCCUUGCACACCUUGACGUGCACGGUGGAUUCAAAGAUAUUCAAUCUGCUUGGGUUAAGGAGACCCAUUCGAAGACUAUCGUGGCCGCAUUUGGAAAAUGGCUUGAUUUUACCACGCAGCACGAGGAUGCAAGACGUACCACCAUAGUUUUGAGUAGCUUCAACACACAAAAACAAAUCGAGAUCAGCAACACGGCAGAAGGGCAGGCGAGAUACUGCAGUCACCGUGACAGAGGAACCCAGGCAUUGAUCAUCAGUUGGUUCACGGAAGAAAGGACCAAGUUGGCCGCAGCAGAUUUUGCUAAAGGAAUCAAAGCCUUGUACAGGCAGGGUAGCUCGGCUUCGGAACUACCGCGGACUAUUCUGAACAACUUUGGCCCCGACACCAAGCUGAGUGAGCUGCAUACUGGGGGCAGAGUCGGACAGUUGAAGAGAUUGGCGAAUUUUUGGGAUCCUACUGGCCUUUUCUGGAAGCCAUGGAACCAGGAAUAA